CAAAGGUCGGCCCCGGCAAGAUGGCGGCGCCCUUGGAGCUCAGGUGCUGGGGAGGCGGCUGGGGGCUCCCGUCGGUGCACAGCGAGUCCUUGGUGGUGAUGGCUUACGCCAAGUUUUCUGGUGCACCCCUGAAAGUCAAUGUCAUAGAUAACACCUGGAGAGGUUCAAGAGGAGAUGUACCAGUUUUGACAACUGAAGACAGUAUUGUUUCUCAGCCGGCAAAAAUACUAAACUUUUUAAGAAAACAGAAAUAUAAUGCCGAUUAUGAACUGUCAGCAAAACAAGGGGCAGAUACACUAGCUUACAUUGCUCUCCUCGAAGAGAAGCUUCUUCCUGCAGUGCUUCACACAUUCUGGGUUGAGAGUGACAAUUACUUUACUGUGACAAAGCCAUGGUUUGCUUCACGAAUGCCUUUUCCCUUGAGUUUGAUCCUGCCUGGAAGAAUGUCUAAGGGAGCACUGAAUAGGAUUCUCCUGACCAGGGGAGAGCCUCCCCUCUACCACCUCCGAGAUGUAGAAGCUCAGAUAUACAGAGAUGCCAAGGAGUGCCUAAAUCUUCUGUCAAACAGACUGGGAACAUCUCAGUUUUUCUUUGGAGAUAUGCCUUCUACUUUGGAUGCCUAUGUGUUUGGUUUUCUCGCACCUCUUUAUAAAGUAUGCUUUCCUAAAGUUCAGUUACAAGAACAUUUGAAACAGCUCUCCAACCUGUGUCGCUUUUGUGAUGACAUCCUAAACAGUUAUUUUAGGCUUAGUCUUGGAGGCAUCUCUCCUGCUGGACAAGAAACGGUAGAUGCAAAUCUGCAGAAACUCACACAACUUGUAAAUAAGGAAUCCAACUUGAUUGAAAAGAUGGAUGACAAUCUUCGCCAAAGCCCUCAGCUUCCUCCUCGGAAACUGCCAACACUUAAAUUGACUCCAGCAGAAGAAGAAAGUAAUUCCUCACAACGGCUGUCACCCUGACAGUCUUCAUGCUUUGUGUCCAAAGUCAUAUAAUUGUUGCAGUAAUCUCUUACACUAAGUGUGUGAAGGCAAAAAGAAAAUUCAUGAAUAGGUAUAAGGAAGACUCUAAAACAAAAGAAACUUUCUAUGACAGCAAUUUUUUUUUAGUUAGGAAGCUCGUGUUUUAGCUUGGCAAUGCACUUUAAGUAACAUCAAGGUAAAUGCUAAAUGAACUUGGGGGAAAGAGAAAACACGUUGUACUGUAAAUAAAAAACCUGCCUUAACCUUGGCAGAUUUUUGCCUUUGGUUCACAUGUUGCUGGCCCAAAGCUACACUUCUGUUCUGAAUGUGCACUGUUAGUUUAUCCAAGUUAAUUUAUUAAUUUAGUAUCCUUAUACCAGUCUAAAUAUCUAAUAUGUGGCUCUUUGGCUGAAGCCUUUUUUUCUUCUGUUUAGAAAUCUGAUGCCUAUUUUAGAUGUUAGGAAAAAUAUAUUAUUCUAAUAUUCUAUUUACUUCAAUAGAAAAGCCUGUAUUUAACUUUAAAAAGCAAUGAGGAAUGUGUUUUUUAAUUAUGCUCUCAUAAGUCUAAUCUUUGGGGGAGUUACUACCAUACAUAUAAAUAUUAAAGAUGGUUACAUAUAAUAUUUGUCUGACUAUAUGCACUUCAAUAUAACAGUAUUUGCUCAUGUGUUCAAUACAGGUUAGCAAGGGCUGUUUUAAUUUAUUGGAGCUUUAGACCUGUGUAUUCGUAGUACAUCUUUAACUCUAGUCAUCUCUUUCUUGGGUUGAUUUCGGGAGAGCUGAACGUGUUAGCAUCGUUAUUAUGCCAGGCUGUAAAGUCUAACUGACACUUGCCCGGUUGUUAGACACUACUCAGGAGGAGCUUACUGCCAGAGAACUAGAAGUACCUACUGUGCACCUGGUCCAGGUUCACCAUGCUUGGCUCAGACCAGUGUUCUUCCUAAGAAACAUAUCAUGUAGUCAAAACCUUUAUGACAACUAAUUAUUUUCCAUAGAGUUAACUACAGUUGAAGGAUUCAAUGGAGUAAUCGGAAAUAGCAGAUUUUAAAGAACAUUUUCUAUUUAUUGGUUUGUGAACUGUUCAAAGAUUUCCUGUGCGGGUAAUUUUACUUACAAUAGAAUCUUGCUUAUUUUAGUGGCUGAGGUGCUUCUGCUGUCCUAAAACUACUUCUGGGGUUUUUAAAAUAUAGGACCAUGUUUUUGAUUAGUGUCUUAAAAGAUUACUAUGGUGCUCAGCAAAUCUUGUCACAUCCUGCAGAAACCCCCAGGUUAGGAAAACAGUUUUGGACUCAAGAGACUUGUCUAAUUUGAGCUGAGUGGAACUCAGCUGUGUUUGACCUGUAUCCUCUCCAUUUGUUCUGUAUUUAGGUAGCUAUUUAUACAGAAGUCUUUAUGUCAUUGUAAAUAUUUUUUCUUGAAAGUUUUAAUGAGAAACAGGGUAGUCUUCAAAGUCUUGUUCAUCUGUUUGGACGCAUUGAGAGAAAGAAACUAAUGAGUUUCACAUUACUUCUGCAACAGGUGGGGGAGAGAGAGAGAGAGAGAGGGAGAGAGAGAGAGAGAGAGAGAGAGAGAGAGAGAGAGAGAGAGAGAGAGAGAGAGAGAGAGAGAGUGUGUGUGUGUGUGUGUGUGUGUGUGUGUGUGUGUGUGUGUGUGUGUGUGUGUGUGUGUGUGUGUGUGUUAUGCGUUAGUCUUCUGUUAGAGUCCAGCAGUCGGAAAUCUGUUUGAAUAUUCUGUGUUGGAAAUCAUGACCAUAGGACUUUAUUGUCCUCUAGGAUUGAUGUUUAUUGGAGAUGGGUGGUUAGCACAUUAAUCAUCUGCUUAUGCUUUAGUCAGGGUUAGUCAUUUUCGAUUAUGAUUUCUACUAAAACUUUCAAAAAGUAUUUGAAGUGACUUACAAUUGUCAAAUAUGUAAAACAGCACAAUUAAAAUUAGUUUUUGGCAAAAUAAAAAAUUUGUAGGAGAAAGAACUAUAUUAACCCUAACAGAUUCUAAAAUUGAAUGGUAAAUUUAACUCCAGAUUUCUCCAUGGGCAAAGUCAAAGGAUAAUACUGGGUUAUGUAAAGUUUUCUGUCAGUAAGGUUACUACUGUCCAUGAGUAAGCAAAAUGUAUUUACAUUUUUAUAAGAAUGUGUAAUAUCGUAUUCUUACGACACAAAGAUGCAGCCAGUAAGCAUACUGUAAUGUUUGUUGAAAGUUUAAUGUGUUGAAAGUUUAAUAAAAAAAUAUCAUUCUAGAAUAACAAGUAUCCUUUUUUAGUAGAAAGACGAAUGUAAAAAUGAUUUAUUUCCUUUUGGUCAUUCCUGCUUUGAACUGCCUUUAGCUGUAUGCUAUAUAGGCCAUGAUGCUUCCAGACUAUCUUUCCUAAGAUGCAAAAUAUGAUUUAGAUAAGUGAGAAUUUAUAUGCUGGGUUACUUAGUUGAGGUUUUUGGUAUAAGCUAAUGAGAUGCUAGGAGGCUAUCACUGAACACAAACCACUCCAGGGGUCAGCCACACAUAUAGGAAGCUCUUGGAAAGGAAUAACUGGGCAGAGAGCUUUUGAGCAACCUGUCAGGAUAUGCUUUGGAUAAAGUUUGAGUUCGCUGAGAUAAAUGGUCCACAGUCUUAAAAUACUGUGAGCCACUUUCUUUUGGAAGUGAUGGUGGAGGAUAAUAUGAUAAAAGGGACUAUGUUUGUGUUUAUGUUUCUUGGUAGUAUAGGAUGAGAAAAUUGGUCAGAUAAUUCCCAUAAGAUAAAGAUCGUUCAUCAACAAACUGUCAUCAGUUAUCCAUAAGACUGGCCAUUCCCCUAAGACCAAAGAAACUGUAAAAGACCUUUAAGGACAGUCAUUCCUACACAGUGUUUUUCCCCCUAAAAGGUUGGCACUGACAAACGAAUUAAAUUUCAACCUAGACAUGUUUGUUUUAUUUUUUGAGGGCUAGAGGAUUAGAGAUUUUAUGUUAAAUCUGAAGCAUUUUGAUUUCCAUUUGUAAUUUCUGUUCAUUUAAUGUGGCUAGAUAUAUUAACUUAAAGGAAUGGGUAAGCUUAUUUCAAUCAGAGCUCAGUUACAAUUUUCAGAAGUCUGCAAAAAUGGAAGAAAACUAGACAUCAAAAGAGGCAGAAAUUGGUAACAGUAUCUCAGAAAACCAGUUUUUAAAGGUAGUAUCAUGUGAUAAAAGUGGUAUUUGAAGUCAGUAGUAUGUUUUCUUAGAGCCUCUUCCAGGAAUAGACAUUUACCAUGUUAUUAGAUUUUUCUUAAACUGUUUACUUUUUCAUAAACUGUCAAAAAUUGUAUCCCUCUGAAACCAAAAUAUAAAUGCUUAAAAUGUAAAGACAGGAAGCUGAGGGAUGGUUACAUAGGAUCUCUGUGUACUAUUUUUGCAACUUCUUUUUGUGAGUCUAUAAUUAUUUCAAAAUAAAAGGGUUUUAAAAAUAAAUUCAAUAAGUUUAUCAUUAUCUAAACUAUGAUUUAAAAUUUAAUGCUUUAAACAUAGUAUUCAGUUCCAGAUUAAUAAAUGCAUAAUAUAAUUAAUUUAUUUCAUUCUUGAGUUUAAAGAAAAAAAAACUCAGGUUUAUAACAAAUGAUAAUCUAAAGAUCUGUUUUGCUUUAUCAGCAAAGAUAAAACAAGAACCCCUAAAACUAAGAAUCCCUUUUCCCUAGGAGAUUAAAAAUUCUACGGUUUUAUGUUUGUAAUUGUAUCUUUUUUCCCUAUGGUAUGGUAUCCUUUUAUGAGGAUAAAAUAUUUUGGAAAAAACUCCUCCAUGUCUCUGUGUGGUGAUCCUUCUUUGUUUUGCAAGUGUUCUCUAACUACACUAGGGAUGAACAAAAUGCAGUGUGUCUGUGUGCUUUUUGUUUUUUAAGUUCACAGGGAUUUAGUGAUUGACUUUGUCUUGGUUUAAUUAUUUAUAUUAUUGAAAUCCUGAGCAGAGCCACAUAUAUUUGGGUUGUAAUGACGGUCUUUUGUAUAUGUUGUUGGCAUUUAGAAUUAUCUUUUGCCUUUUUUCUUGUUCAGCUCUGUGGAACUUACAUUUACUUUUCAAUGUUUUCAUAUUUCCUAAGAAAUUACUAGAUUUUUAAGAAAUUCGUUGUUAAUUACAUGAACCAAAGGUCAGUAAUCCUAGUCUCAAAGGUUUAACUGAAGUUUCAUUAGAUCUUCAAAAUGUUGAUUUUCAUAGAGAUGUAAAGAUGGAGUGCUUUGCUUUUUUUUUUUUUUUUAAGGGUUUUAAAAAUUAUUUAGCCCCAAACUCUUGUUGGGAUAUAAUGUUUGCUAGAAGCCCAGGUUACCUCCCCUAGACUUAAAAUUAUUGUGAUUGAGGUGGAGAGGUAUCCUCGGAAUCAAAAAGCAUGCAAAAAUCAUUUGUUCCAGAUGAGGCGGCCAGUGAUUACUGAUGAGAAUGAACAUUCUUGAACAAUGAUAGAAGAAAGGGUAGCUUUGAGUUGGAUGUUUGUAAACAGAGAGUGGAAUGUUAUGAUAAAAGACUAUUCAGAGCAAAACAAAGUAGUUCCUUUAAAAAAAUGCAGGAAAAUAAGUCUUUAUAUCCUCAUUAUUAUUAAUUUGAAAUUAUAUUGUAAGAUAGUUUUAAACUAUAAUUCAGUUCUUUGGAGAAGCAUUUCAAGAUAUAUUUUGGCAGAAUAUAUUGUUAUUAUAUGAACAGUGGGUUCUUUGGCUAAAUAGGGAAAUGCUGGGUUAGACAAAGUUAAGUUACUGUAGGCUUCUCAGCACCUUACAUAUGCUGUUGGUGGUUUCAGACUCCAAGAAGGGCCUGUAUUUUAUACACUAUUUUCCUAAUUUAUUUUUAUGUGGAUUUUUUUUUUUAAGUAGGUGUCAUGUGGGAUUUGUGUUCUGAGAAAUACAGUUAGGGAAAUGCUGCCCUAAGAGUGCUUCUGCUUGUUUGUACUCAUUGCAGAGGUUUCCAGUUGUUGGCUGCCCUUCUAGUGAGUGGUGAUAAAAUGGAAGCGACCGGUUAGGGCUCCCUGGGACCAUGGAGUUGACUGAGGAUUGGUUGUGGGUUUAGAUAGUUUGGUUAUUUAGGCACAUGUGAGGCCCUUGGUCAGUCCAGCUGCUUCCCUAGAAUCCCAGUUGGCUUGGAACAGCUGUACAGGAGUGUGAACUGGUGGUUUCAGAGAACUAACCACUUGUUAGGCAUCUAUGAGACAGAGGGAACCAACUUGGAAUUCCAUUCCAAACUGUUUUUGGCUGUGCUUUAAAAGUACCAGAAAGGCAGUGAGUAUUUAUAGCAUUAAAGUCACAUACAAGCUAGUUAUUUUAUAUAUAUAUAUAUAUAUAUAUAUAUAUAUAUAUGCACAUGCAUACACACAUAGUGUCUUAGAAAGUGUACAGUUCCUUCCGUGACAAAAGCAAGGAAAGUUUAAUAUUUUCAACUUCUAUUACUGAAGACAUGGUCUAAAAAAGGAUUGUAUGUUUGUGUAUGUAUUUUCUAGGAUGAGGGUUUACAGUUUUUAUUAAAUUCUCAGCAAGUUUCUGUAUCCCCCCAAGUUUAAGCCUCACUAGACCUUCUAAUUUCAGAGGACUAAGUAUAUCUGAUUUCAUUUCAAAGUAUAAAACCAGUUCACUCAUCAGGCAUAAGGAUGCUCUUUGUUUUCUGCCGUGUAUAUGGUUGCAUAUUUGGAACUGCGUGCUUUGGAUGUGUAUUUGUUGGAAAGCUUGCCUUUGGGUUUGAGUUGUGGUGUGGUGAACAUCUGGCCAUGUGCAAAGCAGUUGGAUCUUUGUUCUGAUUCUUUAGAUCUUCUCAUGCAAAUUCAGAGAAAUGCCUUCUAAUCAUUGAGUUUACAUGUCCCGGAUCCCUGGAUGUCUAGAAACAAUGGCUUGCCAGAGUUUGCAUCAGUCCUGAGGGAGUCACGCACUAUAGAGGAGGCUGUGUUUACUAUUUGUUCUUUGACCUGUUGGCUGCCUCUCUUGCGGUGCUGGCGUCUUAUUUCUUGGAGAAGGACGGGUGUACUCAAGCUUUUAUGUUAACUGCAUAAAGAUGAGCUUUAUUCUUCUUCUGACUUGAUGUUUUAUUUUGUAAAAUAUCUUUCCAUUUUUCUGUUCAUCCCAAAGUGGAAAUUUGAGGUGUUUGUAAUAUAACUUUAGCUUUCUGGAAGACUGAUAGCAAAGAAGACAAGUAAGAAAUUUAUGUAUACUCAUAUUGGUUUUGUUCCACCAAGCUUAUCUUCAAAUGGUAUACAUUUGAAACAUCUGUUCUAGUGUAUAAACACUGUAGUUUUGUUAUGAAGUAAACAAUCUUAAAAUAAGCAUUGUUGGUCAUAAUUUCAAUAUUCUAGCCUUGCCUUGUGUGAAUAUAUUUUACUCAGAAUUUGUGUAUAAAUACCCAGAAGUGGUGAUGAUGAUCAAUGUUGUAAAGAAUUUAUUCUGAUAAAUGAGAAACUGGAUAUAAUGUCAAAAUAGCUAUUUUCACAAUAAAAUCUCAAGUUGCUCGAA